AUACAACUGUACAAUAUUAUGUACCGUAGUAUAACCACAAAAUCGGUGUCGGACUAUUACAUUUGGCAGCGUGUGUGCGUUACAUGUUAGUAUAUUACUUGUUACAUCAUACAGGAUUGUACAACUGUCCGUUAACACACAUCGUCAUCCAUAUUCCAUUGUCUACACGGCACACAAACACAAUAUAAUUGCCACAACAACGCAGUGACGCUUUUCUGGACGUUGGGUGAAAUUUUUUGUAUUUUUUUGUUUGAUGGUCGGUGCUCGAGUCAUAGUCGUGUACUCAUCCAAUGUAAAAUCGAUAGAUCGCUAUUCGACUUUCUACCAACAGACAACGAUAGUAAGGUAAUUAUCUGAUUUUACAGUGGUAAAUUUAUUUUGUUGUGAAAGAUUUAGCAGACAGAACAAAUGUCCACUUAGUAUUUCCAUUGGGUCGGGCCCUGAAAAUAGCGUGUGGUGGUCUGAAUGCAUUUAUUAUUUUGAUAUUAGAUGUCUUCGAUAUUUGAUUGUCAUAUACGUUUAAUCCAGUCCAUGAACCCGAAGAGUAUGUGAAUAGUAUAUUUUUCGACCAGUGGGAUUAGACAUCAUUAAGUAAAACUUGAAAUCUAGAAUUCUUUACUAAUUUACGUUUGUGUAUUUUUGAACUAGCUAUUUGAUUAAUAUAAUUUGGUAAUACUAAGUAUUAAUAGCUAUCAAAUUAAUUUUGAAUGCCACUUUAAUAAUAGGUUUGUGUAUUUAGGAUAACUUGGACUGAUGGUACUAGAAUAAUAGAUGGUUGCAUCUUAGGCUCGUUUCACCUUGACGUGUAUAAUACACAUUUUCAAACACGCCGUAUGAUGUUUUCACAUUGAUGCAUAGUUUUGAAGCAUUUCGUAAUUGUACUACUCAUCGAGUCAGUGGUGUCUGGUCAAAAAUGAAUGUGAAAAAAAAUAAAAACUGUAAAUUAAAGCAGAGUAUGUGGAUCCUAUACUUUGACUAAGAAUUUUAAAAGUUUUUCAAUAUUGUAUGAAGAUUUAAAAUUUAAUCUUUAUAUUUUUCAUCGUCAACGUGUCAUAAAUUUCUCCGAACUUCCACUUCAAUAACAUAAAGUUCUGUACUUAUCAAUAUUCAUCAUUAAAUUUAAUAUAUUUUUACUUGUUUUGCCUUGAUAAAUGAAUAUAAAUGUUUAUGAGUUAAUAAACCCUGUGUAUUGAACGCUUAACUGUGAACAUUUCAAUGCAUAGUCAAUCCAGUGUCCAUACACUGGACCAACAAUCCACGGGUACAGCUUUUAACGAACUUACCAACCUGAAAAAGCAGGUGAUACGCUUGGCUAUGAAAUGGAGCUAAUAGAAAUCCAAUUUAUUAAAUAGAUAUUGUAACUAUGGAUUAAACUAUCUUCAUAGAGUUAAAAAUCUGAAGUAUUAAUUAUAUAUAACUUAAUCUUAUAAGAAGUUUUUAUUAUUUGUCAAACAAUAGAUGUGUUAGUUACUAAAGUGUACAAAUAAUAUGUACUCAUUGAAAUUACCUAAAUGCAUAACUUAAAAUCAGUUAUUCUAUUUCACUAUAUUUAUCUAUUGUGUAUAAAACAUUUAUUUGCAUUGUUGUUAAUUGUUUUUAUAUUAUCUCUUUUAGAAUAAAAUGGUUAAUCUAAGUUUGGAAGAAAAUAUUGUUAAUAGCAAUUUAGAAGAAGAAAUGUCCCAAACUUCUAAACGCAAAUAUGACAUAAUAGUAUUUGGAGCUUCUGGAUUUACUGGACAAUUUGUAGUUAUGGAAAUGGGGUUUUUUUCUCAAAUUUACAACUUAACCUGGGCCAUAGCUGGACGUAAUACAAACAAAUUACAAAAUGUAUUAGAUAAAAUGUAUAAAACUCAGAGUAAGUUACAUUUAUUAAUGUGAUUAGACAAUUAUUAUAAAAUAAUAAUAAACUAGUUUUACCAAAGUUUAAUUCAUCAAUAAAUAAGGGCUUUCAAUUUUGAAGGAACAUUAAACACCAUUGUGUAUUGUUUACAUUUUUAACUUUUAAAACAACAAUGGUGUCUUUUGUUUCUAUAAAAUUAUGAUAAGCAUGUUCAUCAGUUCAGAAGAUAUUUGUUAAUUUUAAGUACCUAUCUAUAAUAUUAUAAAUUGUUUAAGAAUUUAUACUUUUAUUUUAUUUAAAUAUUAUUUUAUUCAUAUUAAAAUAAUGUAACUGUGUUAAAUAUCAUGGCUGAACUCUGCAUAUAUUUGUAAUUUAUUAUUGACAUAUUCACAAUAUUAUGUUAUAAUUGUUGUUAAACAUGAUAAAUAAUUAUUUAUUUUUAUUUCAAUGAGUUUUGAAUGUAAUUUUUAAAAUAUUGUAUAGGUGGUAUUGAAGAUAAAAAAAUUGAUAUAAUUAAUGCUGAUUUAAAUGAUAUUAAAUCUGUUAUGAAAAUGGCACUAAGUACAUCUGUGAUUAUAAAUUGUGUUGGACCUUAUUAUAUUUAUGGAGAAGUUGUUGUUAAAUCGUGUGUUUUGUGUUCUACUCAUUACUUAGAUGUCACUGGUGAAAGUUUAGUGAGUUAUACCUCUUGAUGUUUAAAUAUAUAAUAAUCUAGAAAAUGCAGUUAUUAUAGUAUUAUUUAAUGAUCUUGUUUAAAAUAUUCUCAACAUUUUAUGGUUACUUCAGAAACAUAUAUCAGCUUUUGAACUUUUAAUAGUGAUCCCACUUAUUUAACUUAGAUUCCAAAAGAAAAUACUUUUUAAUACUUUUGAUAUGCAUGCAACUAUUAUUGGAUAUUCCAUUUAACAUGAAUUGUUUAGGUGUUCCAUGUGAACCUAACUUAAGGGUUCUAUAAUAACUGAAGAAACUAAAAGCAAAUAAAUUCAAAAUUAUUUUUUAUCAUUGAUUCAUGAUAAAAGAUUCAACACUUAUAUUACUAUGUAAUUAUAGUUUAUGGAGAAAAUGGCCUUUUUAUAUAAUAGUAAGGCUGAAGAAAAUAAUUCGCUUAUCAUAAGUGCUCUUGGAAUGGAAAGUGUUCCUGCUGAUAUUGGUGUGGAAUAUUUAUACAAUAAUUUUAAUGGUAUUUUAAUGGUUUAUUGAUUAUUAGUUUUAAAAAUUAUAAUUGAUUAAUAUUCUUAUUUUAUAGGAGAUUUGAAGAAUGUAGACAUCUACAUGAAAUUAUACAGUAUUUCAAAUGCAUUUCCUUCUGUAAGUAAUUUAAUUUUGGUUUUUUUUUGUAUUUUAAUUUUAGAUAUUAUGUGAGGUACCUAGAAUACAAAGGGUAUAAGUGACAUUUUAUUGAUUUUGAGAUCACCAAGUUGAAAGUUAUUUGUAUUUAAUAUAAGACUAUUUUAGUGAGAUCUAGUAUUUGAUACUAGAUCACAGUACAUGAUGAAUAAUUAUCUUAUAUUUCUUUGCCGCAAAAUAAAAUGAAACAUUUGUAGUUCACUUAAUUUAGAUUUUCUUGAAAAUGUCAGUUAUACCUCUUGUGGUCUAGGGGGUGUUUAAGCCUCAUGUGUAAACACAUUGGAUAGGAGGGACUGUAUUAAAGUAAUGUGUGUUCAAUUAUGUUGCCAUAAAAAUCAUUGGUCAGCAUAAAAAAUAAUAUUUGGUUGAUGGUUUUUAUUUGAUUGUACCAAAAGUUUUAUUAUAUAGUACUUACCGACAUUUCUCAAUCAUUCUAUUAUUAAUAUUGUUUAUCAGUAUACCUUAAUUAAAAAUAUUUUUAUGUUUUUUGUUAUAUUAUAUAAGAAAAUUGAUUUGGUCAACAUUUUUUUUUUUAUAUAAAUUAAAUAUUAAAUCUUAGUUUAUAUAUUUAAUAGGUGUUCCUAUGUAUUUUCAUGAAUUCUUCAUGUUAAAAUUUUUUUCGUUAUAUUUUUUUGAUUUUAAUCUGGUGUUUAACUAAUAUUUAUCUAUUAUUGCUAAGCAAUAGCUAUUUGGUGAGGCAGCCUUGUGUAUCAGAUUCACUUCUUGUAAACCUUGCUUAAGAAGUUUAAUACAUAUUUAUAGUUAUUAGUAAAUUAAAUGUCCAUAAUAACCUAAUAUAAAAAAAUAACAAAUUAUAGAUUGGUUUGCAGUGUUUUUCCAUUCUUUUCUAACAUGUGCUUUUAUUUCUACAUACAACUAUACACAUUUUCUACUAUCUGUAAAAAAGGAAUAUUGGACAUAUUUUAUUAUUAUAUAUAUUUUGAGCUAUAGGUAUUAACUAUUAAAUUGAACAACUGGGUUACCAAGUUAUUAUUAUAGUAGGUAUCUAUUUAUGCUUCUAAUAAAUGUAUAUGGUAGACAUAUUUUGUAGUUAAUGUACAAAAUAAAUGUUUUACAAAUAAUAUUUUUACUUUUUCUAAUAGGUAUGGGUAGUAUUCAUAUUAGCCGAGUCAUGUGUAUAUUACCCAAUUUUCAUAAUUAUCAUAUCUACUUAUCAAUAAUAGUUUUCCUGCCAAUAUUCUUCCAGUACUUUAUUAUGGGUUACUUUAUCCGUCCAGCUCAUCCUUAACAUUAUUCUAUAACACCACUUUUUUUUUUAUUCUUCUACUGUUAUUGUCCAAGUAAUACAUUGAUAUAAGACAUAUUUGAGUAAACAAAUAUUUUUCAAUGAGACUUUAGUUUCAUUAUUGUUAAAAGCUAUUUUUGUUAUUGCCAAAUAAAAUAUUUUUACAAUAUUCCACAAAGAAAAAAAAUCAAUAAGAACAGAAAAUUGUCAGUAAAAGUGACAUUUAUUAAUCAGAUUUGUUUCAACUUAAGUGUUAAUUUAUUUUAUAUUUAUUAUUUUAGAGUGCUUUAAUCCACGAAGGAACUUGGAUAAGUGCAAUAUUACAUUUAUCUACUCAAAAACAGCGUUUAUAUUACAGAACUUUGUUAGAUGAAUUAAUGGGAAUAAAUCGAGUAAAUCCUACUAUUUUAAAGUAUGCCAUUAUGAAUUAUGUCUUAUAUAUAGAUACAGGUCUUGUAUUUCAAGAAAAUUAUAUUAAUAUUUGCACAAUAAGCAACACAUACAUAAAAGCACAUAAAUAAUAUUCUUAAUGUUAUAGAAUUACUAAUUACAAAUUUUGUAUAAAACAAUCAUAAUAUUUAGUUGUUGAUAAAUAUCUAUACAUAUAAAGAUGUAUCUUUCAUGGUAUAUAUUAUAUGCUUGCACCUAAUAGAAACAGUGUUUUAAUUAUUUAAGGAUUUUGCAUAAGCAAAACAUUAGUAUUAAAAAGGACAAGAAAAAAUGGUGUUUAGCAUUUCCUGAACCAGAUCAAUCAGUUAUUGUCCGAUCAAUUCAUCAUGCUAAAACUAAAGAUAACCUGCCAUACAAUUUCUAUGCCAGGAACUAUAUAGUUUUUGGAAGUUUGAUAACAGCCAUAAUUGCUUUAUUAAUGUUUGCCAUCUUGUCAUUUAUGGUUAAAUUUGAACCUAUCAGAAAACUUUUUAUUCAAGUAAAAUUAAUAUUAGAAAAAAUUAUUUGUACAAAUAUUUAUUUAAUGUUUUUACAGUUUCCAAAAAUAUUUUCGUUUGGCAUUGCUACAAAAACGGGUCCAAAUGAAAAAUUAAUGGAAAAUGGACGGAUGCUAUUAACUUUAAUUGGUUAUGGUUCAGUUUCUAUUCAAUCUGAAACAAACAUAAAUGAAAUAAAACAUGGUGUUAAAAAAACUAUUGUUAAGGUAAUUUGUUUACUAUUUAAGUUUUACUUAAAUGAAUGUUUCAUUUGUUUUAUGUAUUUAUAGUUUAAAGCAAAAAAUCCUGGCUAUGGGUUCACUAGCAAAGCAAUUGUAUUAGCAGCUGUCACAAUAUUAAGAGAUAAUGUUAUUAAAAGGUUGCUUUAUUAUGUUAAUCAUAUUUAAAAUAUAUUAAUGUAAACAUUUAAAUUCAAUGUUUAAUACUUUUUUCAAAAAAAUUAGUAUAAAUAAAUAUUGUAUGUUAUACAAAGCUGUGAUUAUUAUUACAUAUAGAUAUUUUUACUUUUAAUUGUUUUCUGAGGAUAAUCAUGUGUCAUUUCUGUUAUAUUCAAAUCUAUAUUAAUAAUCGUCAUAGAUCUCAUUACCUUCGGAAAACAUUUGAUAUUAAGAUAUUUAUAUAUAUUUUUUUUUAUUGUUUUACAGGGGUGUUUUAACACCAGCUGCAGCAUUUCGUAAUACUCAGUAUUUAAAUCGGCUCAUAGAAUAUGAUGCUGCCACUAUAGAAAUUGAAUCUGAACAGAUUAUUUACAAAAAUUAAUUAAAAAUUAUUUUUCUGUGAUAAAAUUUUAUAUUUGUAUUAGAUAUACUUGCAUAUGCAUAUACAAGGUUAAUUUUAUAUUAUAAUUCAUAUUCAGAAAUUGCUCUACCAAAAAUUAUUGUUUUUGUGUACUUACUAAAUAAAAUAUAAUAUACCAAAUAAUACAUAGAAAUUGUAC